AUAGAAUUUUGGCCUGGCCAUUUAUUACUCAGCAACUUGGAGUUUUCUCAAGGACAAAGCUAGCCGAUAGGCCGCUUACGAAUAAACACUAAACAGAGCAUUAAUAUUUCAUUUUUGACUAUUCAGUAUCAGUUUUCAUUCUUCGUGUUGGCUUUUGCAAAUCAACAAACAUGAUGUUGACAUAUCGUUUCGUUCUUGCUGCGGCGUCCCUCAGCCUCCAGUCGGUUCUGGGCAGUUUUGUCAAAGGUAAAAAUGAGAAAAAGGACACCAUCCUCCUGCCAGCCGAGAUCUGGAAGCACGUGCACUCGUUUGGUAUGGAUGAUGUUUAUUCUCCCAUCUCUAUCAGACCAUGAUCGAGGCUCCUCCCUUAGUAAGUAGGUUGUGCGUUUGAUGUAGUGAAGGGAAUAGUAGGGGAGCCGUGAUCGUCUGGCCUUAGAGGGGAGAGAAAAUAUCAUCCAUAUUCGGGGCGGACAAAGAGUUACCACGCCACUACGAAUUCCUUCGCGAAUCGGAGACUACACGUAAAAACCUAGAAGCGUUCUAUCAAAAACUGAAGUACACAGCAGUUGAUGAAUUGUUGAAACAGCGUUUGCCUUUGUCCUCUGAGUCUGUGUGUGCAUCAACGAACAAUACGGAAGGAGUUGCAAAGAUCGAACCUCCGUCCAAAGCGAUGGGAGGAGGAGGAGAACCUCCAUUCAAAGCGAUGGGAGGAGGAGAACCUCCAUUCAAAGCGAUGGGAGGAGGAGAACCUCCAUUCAAAGCGAUGCGAGGAGGAGAAUCUCCAUUCAAAGCGAUGGGGGCAGGAGAACCUCCAUUCAAAGCGAUGGGGGCACGAGAACCUCCAUUCAAAGCGAUAAGAGGAGGAGAACCUCCAUUCAAAGCGAUGGGAGGAGGAGAACCAUCCAGCACGGCGAUGGGGGCAGGAGAACCGUCCAUCAACUCCAAGGUGAUGGAAAGAAAAAAACAACAUCUUCUUUCUGAGAUCAUCAAAAAGACUGUGCUACAAAAAGUCCUUAGACGCAAGGCCCGCUUGGGACCGGAACACCCCGACUCCGGAGCCGCGGCCGUAGAGAAACUUGCGGGCAGUCUUCUCGCUAGUAAUAAUUAAGGCACUUCUCGUUCUCACGAUAAUAAUUCAUCUUACAACUGUUACUCCACAGCCAAGUAGAGGCGCUCACGAUGUUAUAAUUUAUCCUCUAAGUUGGUUACUUGUUCUUGUACUUGUUCACAGCCAAUUAUUAUGGCCUUCAUUCUGUUCUACGUUUCUUCUUCAAACUCUGAGCAGAACAUGUUGUGGGUACUAGGAGAUGAAUUGAUACAACUCUUUGGCUUCGCUAAAUUUGAAACAGAAAACGAAAAGAAAAGUACUACAAGCAGUGGUACGAAAAUUCAUUUCCGUUCGGUAGUGGAACGUUCCCUCCGCUCUACCAUGUUAAGGUCAACAUUUACUGUCCACCUUUCUCGGCAUCUUGGUACCCUUUUCCUUAUUGUAUUCUCAUGAAAUACAACAAGCUAAAAGGCGCCAAGAUGAGCAGGGGACCGAGAUGCAGCCUAGCACACCCUAACCAAGGAAUGUUUACGUGCAGCGCGCCGGAGGAUAGAGCCUGGUCCCCUUUCGAUUUACAACACAAAGACUUUCGUGACCCUCUUCUGCUACAUGGGUGGCUCUCGCAGAAUGUUUUCACCAAAUUGCUACAGCGUACGACCACAACUCCUGAGCAGCUGCAGCCGUAUACUUCAUCCUGGACUUCUUCGCCUACCAAGAAUGUUGAAAAGGUGGCUACUACUUCGUCUGCCAAUGAGCAAGAAAAAGAAGCAAGAACGGCCACAGCAUCUUCCGACGUUCCGUUGGAUAUGGAUAUUGAGAUUGAAAGCAAUGACCACAUCGAGCAAGGACCAGACGCGCGAGCUUUUUUCUUUGACAAUGUAAUUCAAAGAAACAACCCAAAUUAAGGGUUUCCGAAUUACAUUCCUCACUACCAUCCUUGGCCCCUUUUCAAGGGGGAAAUAGGUCAAGGACAUUCUGAAGAAUGCAACUCGGCGACCUUUAACCAAAUGCCUACUACCCGAAGGUCUUUUUCAGACAGGAAAACAAACGCAAUCUACGAGAUCAUCAAGAGGACGUCAACACAAGACCACGACCUCCAGUCGAGGACGAAGACCUUGAAAGUUUGAUCCAGCCCGAUGAAGAGCGUAUUUCUGUGAAGAUUACCACAACUUUCGGGUAUACUAUCGAGACCGGUCGCCCUGGGAGGUGGACGGUGGAUGUUGAUAAAUUAAGGCUACCGCUGAAGCAUCCUCAGCAUCAUCCUUCGCUCUUUUUCUACUCGAAAAAAGGGGCAAUGAUGCACGCAGGGAUGCUACCGCGGUAGCUCCAAACCAAGCUAGUGAUCCACCUCUACUCCGUUAUACGACGCGUGGUCUUGACCACCUCCUCCGAUCCUGGGAAGACGACAAAACCUUCGACAAAGAGGAUAAACACAACCAAGAUAUUUUUAUCGAGGAUAAAGUUGAAAAUUCAUCUAGUAAGGGUGAAAAUUAUAGUAAAGCUCAUCCUGAUCAUAAAGAUCAUACAGAUCAUAGUCGUGAAGCCGCGAACAUCGCAAAAGAGCUUUCUUUCCUUAUCCUCGAGUCGCCCAACCUGUUCACCUCAUUGACUUGCAACCUGGAUGAAAAUGGCCUCUGGCAUUCCUGCCAUGUGAUGUUUUGCAAGUACCUGUACGGUAUGCCGUAAGUAAGCAUGCAACACGGUAUGACUAAAGUAUUUUAACAUACACGUGAUGAAAAUGAAAAGAACAUACUACUACGACACGGAGGAGAUAUAAUGAAGUUGAUGCUGUAAGCAACACAAUUAUGCGGCCAUCCAUGUGUUUAAGAUUCGCUACAAGUAUAACACGGAGCGAACACCUGGCAUCCAUGUGACGCUGAAAGGUACUAGUACACAUGAAUAAGGAGAAGGUAUGACUCCAUCAUAUUAAUAUUUCUUUGGAUUCAUGAUCUUCAACAUCUAGACAAAGAUUGUGGUGCGAAAGUCUGGAGGAACAUGAGGUCGUGUGUCUCGAAGGCCGCACCUCAGAAGGGCCUCGACGUGCAGUAGAAAACUGUCUACUUAUUGUACUGCUCCUAUUGUUCUCUUGAUUAAUCACCGUCUAGUCCACCACACACAAUAUUUUACUGCCCCCUGUACAUGAUCAAUUUUUUUUUUCAUAAAUGCAUGCAUGGGAUCGAUUUACUCGUAGAGUACUCCUUCCAAAUACUUCUAUAUUUAGUAGACAUGGGAUCGAUUUACUCGUAGAGUACUCCUUCCAAAUACUUCUAUAUUUUUUGUCUACUAUUUCGUGCUCUUCUUUUGAGGGUACUACAAGGUUCUUGAAUGGCCUCAACCUCGAUAAAGAAGUCAAGACCACGGGCAGCACGACGCGACACCAAUCGUAUCAUGGAACCCGGUACGUGCUCGACGAGGGUCCUCACUCGUGUACUAGUUACCAAAGCAUAUUGAUUCCGCUUACUUACACGGAAUUGGAAAUGAAAAAAUCAUGAUAGUUUUUCCAAUGAGAUUUGUGACCUCCUCGAAGGCUAGGAGAACAAGUACCGAAGAGGAAGAGGGUACCAUCAAAAUCAAUAUUUAAAUUAACAAAAA